UUUAUGCUCUCAACCUCCACUAAUGGGAUCGUUGUUUUUGUUGUGGUUAAAUUUACAGAGUCCAUGGACAGCGUGACAACUUGUCCAAAUUAGAGAGUACGAAUGAGCAUUGAGCAGGCUUUGAAAUCUCGUGUAGUUUGUCUGUGAACGUGGAAGACCUCUUUUAUCCCGUGCUUUGCGAUGUUUGAUCAACGAGAAGAGGCUGAUCGAGACCUUCUUAUCAGUGAGAGAGUGUCAAUCGCUCACCGAGCCCUCUGAUAUUUUGAUUGAUUCCAUCCAAUAAUUCAAUAAUUGGCGCUUAAUGUUUUGGUCCGGGUUGAUCGCAACUUACGCGCUCACCUCGAUUUGUUUGCUGAAAUGGCCGCACUGGAUCCACCCUCGCCGUUCCCGAAGACCGUGUUACAAGCACAUCAGUCAUCGGGGAGGUGCGGGUGAAGGCCCCGAGAAUACGCUCCUCACAUUUCGUCGAGCCAUCGCUUUGGGAACGGACAUGUUGGAAAUUGAUUGUCACCUCACUCAGGACCACAUCCCGGUCGUCGUCCAUGAUGCCAACCUGAAACGGCUCACCGGGGUAGAUGCGCUGGUUCGGGAUGUCAAGUUCCAGGACCUCCCACCCCUUUUGCCUCGAUUGCCGUUGGAUUUCGUGCCUGGCCAGGCCUAUCACGUCCCCAAAGACAUGGAAUGCGCCAAAUUGAUGGCCUUGGAGGAUGUGUUUCGGCAGUUUCCUGGUAUAGGAGUGAAUAUAGAUAUCAAGGUCCAUGACGAGAAGCUGGUUCAGGCCGUGUCGGAGAUUGUGACACGCUAUGACGCCCUGGACACCACAGUCUGGGGCAGUUUUCGCCAAAAUACCACUGAUCUCUGUCACGCGACCAACCCGGAUAUUGGGCUGUUCGCCUCGUUUCCACGGGUCUUGAAGAUUCUACUUCUCUUCUAUUUGGGUCUUUUACCGUUCGUGCCGUUAAAAGAGACCCACUUUGAAAUCCCUAUGCCUCGUAUUUUUGCCACGUCUGUGAUUCGAGACCCCCCUCAGGGUGUGAUACGAUCGGCUUUGGCUCGGACGGCCAAUUUCUUACUCAUGAGCCCGAUUCUCUUCAAGCAUCUGGAGAAACGUGGUAUUCAAACUUAUAUCUGGGUCCUUAAUAAUGAAGAAGAGUUUGAACGAGCUUUCCUUUGCGGAGCCACUGGAAUCAUGACCGACUAUCCAUCCAAGCUUAAACUCUUCCAACUCAGCCAAGGAAUGGCUUAACUCCGUCCUUUAGCUAAUAAUCUUCAUGCUCCGUUCAUCCACAGCCAUCUAUACACAGCCAUCUAUCGACUCACUUCAUCAGUCAUUAUGGAAUGAAUACGAUUUCCGAAAGCCUGCUCCAA